AGUUCAUCUACAGUACUCUGAGUGACCUGACAAGCCACCACCACCACCAUGGGCAAGAUCAUCUUCUACGAGGACAGAAACUUCCAGGGUCGCCACUAUGAGUGCAUGAGCGACUGUGCCGACAUGUCCUCCUACCUGAGCAGGUGUCACUCUUGCAGGGUGGAGAGCGGCUGCUUCAUGGUCUAUGACCGCCCCAACUACAUGGGAAGCCAGUACUUCAUGAGGAGAGGCGAGUACGCUGACUACAUGAGCAUGAUGGGCAUGAGUGGUGGAAUCAGGUCUUGCCGUAUGAUCCCUUCGUACAGGGGAUCCUACAGGAUGAGGAUCUAUGAGAGGGAGAACUUCGGUGGUCAGAUGUAUGAGAUGAUGGAUGACUGUGACUCCAUCAUGGACCGCUACCGCAUGUCUGACUGCAUGUCCUGCCAUGUGAUGGAUGGCCACUGGCUGAUGUACGAGCAGCCCCACUACAGAGGCAGGAUGAUGUACAUGAGGCCUGGAGAGUACAGGAGCUUCAGGGAGAUGGGAUAUGGAGGCACAAGAUUCAUGAGCAUGAGGCGUAUGGUGGACAUGUAAAAACAAGUGUUUGUUACAAACACACAAGUAAAUUAAAGUUUCAAAAUGUUCCAUA